UGAUUUCAAGUCUAUGUAUAUAGUGCAGCAGCCUCUAAUGUGCUAGUGAUGGCUAUUUUACGGUCUGAUGGCCUUGAGAUAGAAGCUGUUUGACCUCGCCUUCUGGAUGACAUCGGGGUGAACAGGCAGUGGUUCGGGUGGUUGUUUUCCAUGUUGAUCUUUUUGGCCUUCCUGUGACAUCGGGUGCUGUAGGUGUCCUGGAGGGCAGGUUGUUUGCCCCCGGUGAUGCGUUGGUCAGACCCUCUGGAGAGCUUUGUGGUUGCGGGUGGUGCAGUUGCCGUGAUACAACCCGACAGGAUGCUCUCAAUUUUGCAUCUGUUAAAGUUUCAGUCUCCACCCUCAGAACCCCUCCCACGUGGACCCCGUCACAGCCCAGCUCAUGAUCUCUCGUGUCAUAUCUCAACACUUCCGUGUCAGAGGCUUGACAUCAUCAUUUUGAUUGUGACCAUCGGGAGGGGUUACAUCAGAGAAAUUGGGAUUGCUAUAGAUGCAAUCCCUGGGGAACCAGUUCAUAUGAGUCAUACCAAACUGUCAGUACUUAUUGUGACAUCGACAUACACAGCUGAGCUGUUCUUGUCUCUAAUUACUCUGUAUUAUGUCAUCCUUCAUGUUUUGUGUGGACCCAAGGAGGAGUAGCUACUGCUUUUGCACCAGCUAGGAUCCUAAUAAAAUAACAGAACCAUUGACGUGAAUAAGAUGAGGUCCUAUAGAUCAGAGAAAUCAAUCAUGGAACAAGGUUAAUACUAUUAAGCAUUAACAUAUCAAUCAGUGGCUUCGGCACAGGUGCAUGAGUGGAAAAUCAAUCAGUGAGGCCAUUAAACAGGUUGACUGACAGUGGCCGGUCGUCUCUCUGCUUGAACCACAGGAUGUGUACUAUGGGGAUUACAGUGACUGAUGCUGCGUUUGAGUGGACAUGGCUUUCCUGCUGCCUGCUGCUAUAUAUAUCUCCACCACACCCCCAAGACUUUGAUCUCAAGGCUAAUUCCCUUGAAUUGUCCAAAUCCACUCUGACGAGAGUGACAGCACACACCAGGAGAGAGAGACAGAGAAAUAGAGAGAGAGAGAGAGAGAGAGAGAGCUGGUGGGGGCACAGCCUGCUUAGUCUUGACUGAAGGAGUGAAACGUCUCCUCGGCAGACUGCGCGUGAGCAGCUGCACACUUACAGAGCCAAUGUAACAGUGCACGCUGCUGGAUGGUGUGCAUGUUUCAUGUUCCACAGAUUUCCUGCACUGUGUGUCCACUUGGCAGAGGGACAGGCUGAUGUCACCCACCCAACCUCCAUAAUCAAAUGAGACGCUAAUCCCACAAUCCCACUUCUGCAAAGCCAUACCCGUAGAGAGAGGGGGGAGAGAGAAAAAGAGAGGUAGAGGGGGAGGGAGAGAGAGACAGAGAGGGGGAAGCUGGUAGACAGAGAAGCCCAGAGGCUGUGGACUAGUGGACCACGUUUAUUUUUUAUGUCAGUCCCAUGUUGACCCACAGAAGGAGCGACCUUACAGAUCACAGUCUCCACCCUAAGAACCCCUCCCACGUGGACCCCGUCACAGCCCAUCCAGGCGUCACCCUGGAGACCAGCUGCUCCCCUGAGGGGCCAGCGGAGGGAGAGUGCUGUAGGAGCUGCACCCCUCCGUCUGCACCCCCUCCUCGGCCCCCUAUGCCCACCAUGGGAGUGACCACCUUGGAAGGCGUGGAGGUCUGCCAGGAUGGGGAGGACUUCUGCCUGACCACAGAAGGAGGGAUGGAGGCGCUUGGUGCCCAGGAGUCAUCGAUGGGCGAGAUGUCACCGAAGAGGAAUAAUGAGAACAGGUUACCUUUCCAGAUCUUCCCAGAACCAGUGGAGGUGUCUCUGAGUCCAGAAGGCUCUCCCAAUCACCUGCAGCAGUUCAGUCCCUCAGAGAAGGAGCGGCUUCCCUCCAUCAUGGUGGAGCCCACGGACAUGAGCGAAGUGGAGAGUGGCGAGUUACGGUGGCCCCCGGAAGACAUGGAAUUCUGUUCUGAGGAGGAUGAUCUGUUCCUGGAGCAGUGUAUCCCCCCAGCCAACAUUGCAGACUGGGGAGAGGAGGAGGAAGAGAAGUCUGUUGUCAUCAACCACCAGCAGAACACAUCACUCAUUGACCUCCAGUCAGAUGCGUUCAGGGAUGAAACACCUAUUCUACCACCUAGCAGCUCACCUGCCCUGAACUGAGUCACCAACCUCACCCCUAAACCCCUGCUAUCUUCCCGAGGAAACCACUCACAGUCCAUGGGUCACAGAUCAAUAGGAAACAGAUUCCUGGACAGAAUGGUACCACAGUUCAAAUAUUGUCCAACAAUGAAAGGAGAUAACUUAUUUACAUAACGUUGAAGAUUAAGUUAGGCAGUAGUGUAAUGUUCUAUGCAAAAUGUCAUAAAUGAAACCAAGGACAGCUCUGAGAGAGAAGGGUUAUCUGAAGGAGUUGUGUGAAGAAGAAUAUCUAACACUAUCUAUCAAGAGUGCUUAUUUUAAGAAAAGUACUAACACUCAUCUGUGGAAAGAAGGAAAUAACACUUUGCUGACAUUUGUCAUUUUUUCAUGAAGUCAUUACUUCAUUUAUUAUUUUCCCCUAUUUCCAAGGGCCCAACAGUGGUUUUGGAGUACAUUGUAGUCCAUACUAGAGUUAGUAAUUGUAUAAUGUUUACAUAUGUUUAUUGCAUUGUUUAAAUUAUAGGAUUGCCAAGGGAUAUGUAGUAGUGGUCGACCGAUUAUGAUUUUUCAACACCGAUACCAAUUAUUGGAGGACCAAAAAAGCCGAUACCGAUAUUAAUCUGCCCCGCCAAAAUUAUUUGUAAUAAUGACAAUUACAACAAUACUGAAUGAACACUUAUUUUAACUUAAUAUAAUACAUAAAUAAAAUGAAUUUAACUUCAAGUAAAUAAUGAAACAUGUUCAAUUUGGUUUAAAUAAUGCAAAAACAAAGUGUUAGAGAAGAAAGUAAAAGUGCAAUAUGUGCUAUGUAAGAAAGCUAACAUUUAAGUACCUUGCUCAGAACAUGAGAACAUAUGAAAGCUGGUGGUUCCUUUUAACAUGGGUCUUCAAUAUUCCCAGGUAAGAAGUUUUAGGUUGUAGUUAUUAUAGGAAUUAUAGGAUUAUUUCCCUCUAUACCAUUUGUAUUUCUUUUACCUUUGACUAUUGGAUGUUCUUAUAGGCACUUUAGUAUUGCCAGUGUAACAGUAUAGCUUCCGUACCUCUCCUCGCUCCUCCCUGGGCUCGAACCAGGAACACAACGACAACAGCCACCAUCAAAGCGGCGUUACUCAUGCAGAGCAAGGGGAACAACUACUAGAAGGCUCAGAGCGAGUGACGUUUGAAACGCUAUUACUGCGCGCUAACUAGCCAGCCAUUUCACUUCAGUUACACCAGCCUCAUCUCGGGAGUUGAUAGGCUUGAAGUCAUAAACAGCGCAAUGCUUGACGCACAACAAAGAGCUGCUGGCAAAACGCACGAAAGUGCUGUUUGAAUGAAUGUUGACGUGCCUGCUUCUGCCUACCACCGCUCAGUCAGAUACUUAGAUACUUGUAUGCUCAGUCAGAUUAUAUGCAAAGCAGGACACGCUAGAUAAUAUCUAGUAAUAUCAUCAACCAUGUGUUGACUAGUGAUUAUGAUUGAUUGUUUUUUAUAAGAUAAGUUUAAUGCGAGCUAGCAACUUACCUUGGCUUACUGCAUUCGCGUAACAGGCAGUCACCUUGUGGAAUGUAACGAGAGAGAGGCAGGUCGUUAUAGCGCUGGACUAGUUAACUGUAAGGUUGCAAGAUUGGAUCACCCGAGCUGACAAGGUGAAAAUCUGUCAUUCUGCCCCUGAACAAGGCAGUUAACCCACUGUUCCUAGGCCGUCAUUGAAAAUAAGAAUGUGUUCUUAAUUGACUUGCCUAGUUAAAUAAAGGCAAUCGGUCGACCUCUAAUAUGUAGCCUGGUACGCCACCCCACGUGGUCCAAAGAGUUGUCAGCCAGGUUAGAGGAUAUGGCACUCCACCCAUAAGGGUUAGACAUACCAACCUGGCUGUGGGCUUUCCCACAAGCGAUAGAUUUAUCAGUGUUGGCCUAAACCAAGAAUGGGCAACUCCAGUCUUCAGGGGCCUGAUUGGUGUCACAAUUUUGGGCCAGCCCCAGCUAGCACACGUGACUCCAAUAAUGAACUAAUCAAUUAAUUAAUUAUGUUCUUCAGUUUAGAAUGAAAUUAGUUUAAUCGUCUGUGUUUGCGAGGGAUGGGGAUCAAGUGUGACACUACUCCAGGCCCGAGGACUGGAGUUACCCAUCCCUGGCCUAAACCUUUCAAACUAAACUCUGGACCUCAAAGCCAGUUCCACUGCUUUUAAAAAAUUGUUCCCCUCUAAUCACUGGCUGAUUUAGACUUGGAACACCAGGUGGGUUCAAUUAAUUAUCAGGUAGAAUAGAAAACCAGCAGGCUCCGGACCUCAUAGGGUAAGAGUUGAAUACCCAUAGACCAGGGUUUCCAAAAUUCAGUCCUGGGCACCCCCCGGGUGCAUGUUUUGGAAUUUGCCCUAGCACUACACACAGUGGUGGAAAAAGUACCCAAAUGUCAUACUUGAGUAAAAGUAAAGAUUCCUUAAUAGAAAAUUACUAAAGUAAAAGUCAUCCAGUAAAAUUCUACUUGAGUAAUAGUCUAAAAGUAUUUGGUUUUAAAUGUACUUAAGUAUCAAAGGUAAAUGUAAUUGCUGAAAAUAUACUUGAGUAUUAAAAGUAAAAGUAUAAAUAAUUUCAAAGGGCUUAUAUUAAAGCAAACCAGAUGCACCAUUUUCUUUUUUCCUUUUUAAAAUAUAUAUUUUUUUACAGAUAGCAAGGGGCACACUUCAAUACUCAGACAUCAUUUACAAACAAAGCAUUUGUGUUUAGUGAGUCCAACAGAUCAGAGGCAAUAGGGAUGACUGGGGAUGUUCUCUUGAUAAGUGCAUGAAUUUGACAAUUUUCCUGUCUUGCUAGCCAAUCAAAAUAUACUUUUGGGUGUCAGGGAAAAUGUAUGGAGUAAAAAGUACAUUAUCUUCUUCAGGAAUGUAAUGAAGUAAAAGCAAAAGUAUAAAUAGUAAAGUAAAGUACUGAUACCCCAAAAAACCUAGGUAAAAUACUUUAAAGUACUACCUAAGUACAUUACACCACUGACUACACAGCUGAUUCAAAUAAUCAAAGCUUUAUAAUGAGUUGGUUAUUUGAAUCAGCUGUGUAGUGCUAGGGAAAAAAAACUAAAUGUGCACCCGGGGGGGACCGAGUUAGGAAAACCUGGGCCGAGACCACACUUUUAUGGGCACCCGAUAGUGGUUGCUAGAUCUGCACUAUUGUCUAGGAUUGAUGUGCAUUCCCGGUAAUACACUUCUGCCCAUCCGUGGACCAACUUGUGCAUAAAGCAUCCACCAUUCAGGCUGUAAAGGCAUCAUUUUCCUACUUAACCAACUUUAAUGGCAAGCAGUUGGAAAAAAACUGGAAAACUAUGCUUUGGCUGAACGCGGUGUGCAACAUUCUAAGUUGUCCAAAAAUAGUUAUGGAAUUGUUUUCUUUAUUAAGACAGUACACAUAUUUUUCAGGGCGGCUAACCAUUAAAGCUCGUUGGUUGCUUAGGCUAGGGCACCCACAAGAGUAAACACAUGCAAACCCUGAAGGUACUUGUUGAUAUCAAAAGGGAACAACACAGUUAUUGUGUCUGCCUUUGGCAGUUUAAUAUGGAGAUACAGCUAUAUAUUAAACAUAUGUGCAGUACAUGUCCUGUCAUCAUUCUCAACAUGUGUGUAUAGCUUUGGCCUCCCAACAAAUUGUAAAUAUGAACAAUGUCACGUUUUUUUUGUAUGUAACAGUACUGUAAUAAGCAUAAGGACUAACAAUAAAGUUGUGAAAUUCAGAUUUAGUAGUGUAGUUAGACAAGGAUUCUGUAAGGCUUGCUGUGUAAAUUAACAAUGAUGACACUAAUUGCUGCUAACAUUAGCAAUGUAGCUCAGGGGAAAUACCUUUUUGAAAAAAAUAUGAUAAGCUAUGCACAAAAGUAUAUAUACAGUACAUUACGACUCAAUUUACCUUUCAAAUGUUUGUGAAAAGUAGAAUAGUUUCUACCUGAUUAGAAGUAGGCCUGGGCUACAAUAUAUAUUGCAUUCGGAAAGUAUUUAGAUCUUUUCACUUUUUCCAUAUUUUGUUAUGUUACAGCCUUAUUUGAAAAUGUAUGAAAAAAAAUCCCCUCAAUACACACAACAUUCCAGACUGACAAAGCAAAGGUUUCAGACCCCUUUACUCAAGACUUUAUUGAAGCACCUUUGGCAGCGAUUACAGCCUCAACACUUCUUGGGUAUGAUGCUACAAGCUUGGCACACAUGUAUUUGGGAAGAUUCUCCCAUUCUUCUCUGCAGAUCCUCUCAAGAUCUGCCAGGUUGAAUGGGGAGCGUCGCUGCACAACUAUUUUCAGGUCUCUCCAGAGAUGUCGAUCAAGUUCAAGUCCGGGCUCUGGCUGGGCCACUCAAGGACAUUCAGAGACUUGUUCCGAAGCCCCUCUUGCAUUGGCUGUGUAUUGUCGUGUCUUUGGCUAUGCCGGAUUAAGUGAUAUGACAUGCAAAUCUAUAAAAAAAUGUCUCUGUAAUUAAUAUUACCUGAUUAAGCUAAACAGGUUAAUGUAAUUAACUAGAAAGUCGGGGCACCACGAAAGAAUGUUUAUAGAGCUGUUAUCUUCCAAAUAAACUCUUAAAGACCUGGUAAUCUUUUACCUCCAUAGCAGUCAAUAUUUAAUCGUCACUUUAUUUAGUCUCAUCUGAAAGUUGUAAAUUCUUGGUUGUCUUCAUGAACCCUGGCUAACAAGUUGAAUCAGCAAUACAAAAUUGGGUUUAAUUAUGUAUUUACUAAAUACCCAAAUAAUCACACAGAAUUAUAUAUACACAGAAUGUGUCAUACAUUGAUUACAAAUUAUGUCAUUAUUAUUAUGUCAAAACAUCCCUAGGGGACAGAACAGAUACGACGUCUGGUUACACAAAGAGAGUGGGAUGUGUUUGAGUGAAAGAGUGGGAAGACUGAGGAGCAAAAAAGGUUUUGUGUCUCUAUCGGGCCGUAGGCAGCUAUGCUAUCGUAAAUACAGUAUCUUAUGCAUUCUAAAUAACCACCCAUUUGAAAAAGGAGAAAAACAUAUUUAUUCUGAGCUGCACUUCGGUAGAUUGUUCGUAGAUGGGAGUCCGGGUGGACCAGCAUGGAUCUCUGGUCCCCUGAAGACUGUCUAGUGGUGAACUGGAGUGUGGUAGAAUGGAUACUCUGUCCGUCCUCUCCUAGCCCACUUUUUUUUCUUCAAUAGUCAAUAUUAACAAAGGGAUCUUCAAUAGUCACAUCGGUAUAGUAGAGAGAGGAAAAAGGGCAAAGGUAUUUUUGAGGGUCAUAAACCUCCCCCUCAGGCCAACUUCAUGACAGUACUUAGGGUCGUUGG